AUGGACGGAUCUAGGAUGAGUAGAAAUUACCUGCGCGAGAUGGAGGAGAAAAUUUUCCACGUCAAGAUGAAAUCCAAUCGGUUUCCGGAUGAGCUGCUGCGGCAACUGAGCGAGCACGAGCGUAUUCAGGCUGGCCGGAAAACGGAAAUCUCGGACCGGAAGAGGAGGCCGCGCGGCUCCGAGCACCUCUUCAACGCCGAUUAUAACUUUCGCGGAUCGAAUUACUCGACUCUGGGAAGAUCUCUGCUGGAGAGCAUCCGCACGAGGGUGUUCGGAUUCAAGCCCCUGGAAAAUAGAUACGACGAGGGCGAAUGGAAAUGCGAUAGCAGAAAUAUUGAUGAACUGAGGUUACCGAAGGAGACGAGGCACGCCAUCCAGCAGCACGGAUCCAGGAUGUGCCUGAAUUGCAGCAGGAAGUCGAGGAACGUGCGGAACACGGAGGCGCAGACGAGUCCCGUCAAUUCGGUGACGAAAAUUGGGACGAAGGAGAGGAGAUCGGCGAUUCCGUGUCCUUUGAAUCUCCUCUGCGAUCGCGGCAUUCAUCUGGGAAAAUGCGAGCCGAACGUGAGAAGGAAGAUCCAUUCGCCGCCGGCCUGCGAUCACAGCUGCACCUGCAGAAAAAGUGGAAUUAUAUCGAAGCAUCCGGGGAAGGCGGAAAAGGUUCUGGACGGAGACGCGGAGCUGCGCGAGAGUACAUCUCUGGAAACUAUACUGAAGCUGAUGGAGCCGCUGUCCAUCGUCAAUUCCGAGUAUCCACCUCCGAAAUCGCCGAAGCGUAAGUGAAAUUGCCUA